AUGGAAGAUGCUCUCGCAGAAAUGCGGAAUGAAGCGCCCAAGAUGCGCGAGUGCAUGGCGUGGAUGUGGGACAUCAUUGGCAAGGAGCGCAUGGAUCAUAUUCCAAAGCAAUUGAAGGACAUGUACCAUGAAACGAUGGUCGUGGACUUGCUGGAUUGGCAGCCAAAGGGUAGGGUUAAAGGUGGCAAGGGUAAGGAUGACUUGAAGCAUACAAAGGGUAAAGAGGUCGAUGCCAAGAAGGAGAGGGCGUCUGCUGCCGACAAUGUCGUUGCAGGUGUCAAGCGAAGGGGCGUAUCGCCUCUUGGUAAAGACGCCAAGAAGACCAAGAUUGAACAGAGGGAUGUCGAAGGUGCUGUGUUCGUUAAGUGA